UUAACUGAAGAAAACAGUAAAAUGAUUGGCCCGGGUCCCUACAGAGCAACAAAACUGUGGAAUGAAAUCAUCAAGCUGUUCCGCGGAGGCAUGCCGCUGCGCCGGCACUGGGUCCACUUCCGCAGCUACGACAACAGCUUCACCGGCACCGAGGCCGUGGACUGGCUGCACGAACUGCUCAAGCGCAACCACAACUUCGGACCCGAGGUGACGCGCUACCAGACGCUGCAGCUGCUGCGCAAGUUCCUGAAGAACCACGUCAUCGAGGACGUCAAGGGCCGCUACGGCAAAGAGGACUUUGAGGACAACGGACAGGUGUACAGGUUUCCCCCCUCGUCUCCUCUCAAACCUUUGCCUCAGCGUCCACCACUGACUGAGAGCAGUUUCCUCCCAAAGUUACCCAACUGGGACGAUUAUGAGGAAGUGACCAUCCAGGACAAGAUUCCCAUGAGACCCCUUGUUCUGAACUCUGAGUCGUGGAACAAGAGGCACAGCAUCGCCAUCGGGGAGGUACACGAAUGCAAACUUAUCCGGAGAAGAGAGAUCACUCAGCGACAUGUGGACCAGAUCUGGAAGUCCAUGACAUUAGCACACUUACAGAGGGUCUUGGGCCUGAAGUCACUGGAUGGAGUGUUGGAUGCAAAGCUGAUCAACCCCAAGCACAUCGUUCACAACGUCUACACUGUUAACAAGCAGGGUGUCGUAGUGCUUAAAGACAAAUCAGAAGAUCUACCUCAUUGGGUUUUAUCGGCUAUGAAGUGCCUGGCGAACUGGCCCAACGGCAGUGAAACCAAGCAGCCCAUGUACCCCGGGUUCGAGAAGGACGUCCUGAGGACGGUGGCUGACUACUUCCAGAAGCUGAGAGAGCCACUGCUGACCUUCCAGCUGUAUGAGGUUUUCGUCAAUAUCCUUGGCCUCCUCCAGAAGCAGCAGGUGGCCGCCGACGCCCUACAGGUCUGCUGCCUCCUGCUGCCCCCGGCCAACCGGCGGAAGCUGCAGCUGCUGAUGCGCCUCAUGGCGCGCGUCUGCCACAACCCCCGGCUCCCUGCGCUCAACGACGCCAUCGGGACCCGCACGCUGAUGGUCCAGACAUUCUCUCGCUGCAUCCUCUGCUCGGAGGAUGAGGUCGACCUCGACGAGCUGCUGGCCACCAAGCUGGUCACCUUCAUGAUGGACAACCACGAGGACGUCCUCAAGGUCCCCGCCCGUCUGCAGAGGGCGGUCGAGGAGCACGUGGCCCACCUGCGGAGGGUCCAGAUCAAGUACGCUGGUGCAGACACGGACUCCUCCCUGGUCUCGCCCUCCUACUGCAGGCAGAUCAGCAAGGAGGAGUUUGAGGAGCAGCGGGCCAGCAGCUCGCAGGGCCCCAUGGCGGAGCUGCUAGAGGGGAUCAUCAAAGACAAGGACCUGUCCGUCAAGGACAAGAAGAAGAAGCUGAAACAGUUCCAGAGGUCGUACCCGGAUGUCUACAGGAGACGCUUCCCGACGGCGGAGAGCGAGGCGACCGCACUCCCAGAAAGGCCUCCUCGCCUGAGGCCCCAGCUGAAGUUCCUGGCCCUUAAGAAAUCCUUCCAGCCCUUCCAGAGGAGCUGGAGUUUCAGGGCCUGAGCCACACUGCAUCGUGGCAUACGCACAGUACUCAUCAGUGCGACAAGAAACGCUACAACAAAGGGGCAGGCAGUUACAGUGCAGAAAGCAGCAGGUUUAGAGCCGCCUUUUAGUUCAUGACCAUUUUAUCCCCCAAGCUCUG